GUAAGCUGUCUGGAGUAAUUUGAUAUUAGUAGCUGCGGCUAAAGUAGGUUUCUGAGCAGAAAAAACGGAGCCCAAAAAAUACGUGACCGAUCAAGUACAAGUACUUGGUGACGAGUACCAAUGGCGGUGGCGAGGGAGGCCGAUGAUACAGUAGAUGCCAGUGUAGUGGCAGAUGCCGAAGGUGCAGUAACAAUUUCGUCUGAAAGUGAGGAAAACAUCAGAAGACAAAGGAAAAUCAGGGUCUGUGCCCCACACGAGGGCCCAGACCUGGUAAACAUAGCUGUUGGAGGCUCUGGAGGCACAUUGAUUAGAAACAAGUUUCGCAAAGGCUCUUGUUUUCAGGUGGUCUAUGACUGGGCAGGGUCAAUGCCAAUCAUGCCUCUCUAUUUCUCCCUGCAUAGGGCUGGAGGAGAAAUCAUUAGGCACACAGACAGACUACAGGGACACGAGACUCUCAACUCUGCCCAGAGGGUAAGGCAGGCUGUGAACAAGGAUCCCCAAGAAAGUUUCCAAUUUCUAGGAGAUGAAGUCACUUUCUUUGGCAACUUCCACAUUGACUCUCAUGCAGAGGAUACACUAAGAGAGGAGACAGUUGAAACAUUAGACUGCAGCAAGCCGAAACAAGGCGAACAGAAACAAGGCGAACAGACAAAAAGAAAGAGGGGCAGCGAGAGCCAAAAGAGAAAAAACGAGAAAAAAAAAGCUAAAGAAUUCAGAAUAAAACAGAAUAGUAUUUUAUUGUGUCUUUUAUUAUUAAUACAUACAUACCACAUACCAAUUAAAUCUGGUCACUAUGCUAAUAUACCACAUGAAGCAUGAUUAUAUCAAAUGUGUGACCUUGAAAUUGGCAAUGAGAUCACUAUUUUUUCACAUUGUGGAAACCAAGUUUCAAUUAAUAUUAAUCUGUUCUUUUUGUUAAUUCCAUGAAAAGGAAUUUUAAGUUAACUGGGAACUACAUUUUUCGAAAUUUCUUCCUUAUAUAAUGGUAGUUUAGAUCCUGCGAGCAGUGGUUUCCUUUUAAUUUGUUUUUUAUUAAGUUCUGUUCUUCAUUUAGCGUUAUCAUUAAUGAUUUAUUGAGAGAUUUAAGAAGCAAAUAGAUUUGCUUCUUAUAAUAGGAUAACUUACUGCUUUGUAGAUAAGAGAUUUGUGGAACAUAGGGUUACAAAGUAUAUUUAUGAUACUAUAGUUUCUUAAAUAAAAACAACCAGAAUCAUUUCCAGUAACUUCUAUAAGGCAUUAUUAAAGUUCUAUUCUUUAUUAA